GGCCUCCAGCACUGUCUGUGUGCAGCCGUGGGCUGCCCGCUCCGAGGGCGGCGGGGCUUCCUCCGGGACCGCCGCGCCGCCUUCCCGGAAGCGGGGGAGCGGUCCCGCCCCCAGCCUCACUCACGCGCCGUGGGGCCUUGGGUCAUUCACCUCACUUCUCCGAGCCAUAGUUUCUGCAUCUACGAAGUGGGGCACAACUGCGAAGUGCCACAAGCCGGGCCUUCUUCCCCCGCAUUUGCAGGACCGCGGAUGCUGUGCUGCUCUCCAUGAGCCAGUCACCGAGUCUGUCUGCUGCAGGCCUUCCUGAACCUUUGGCUGUCUGGAAGCUCUGCUGUGCUCCUUGCCAAGGUGGUCAUCAAGGCCUGCUAAGUCUCUAAGCUGCACUUCUCGAAUCAGCCCCUUCCCCUCCUGACCUCAGCCAAAGAGUGGGCCCGCAUUACCCCCACCAGGACAGCGGGCCUCCAUAACCUUGACCUCCCCCAUCCAUGACCCACACCCCGUUUCCAGCCUACAGGGGCCCUGCUGUUCUCAGCCUCCAUUCUGCUGCCCACCAUUCUCCAACCCAUACCGUUCCUUCCCAUCAGGCCAGCCCCUCGAGUCCCCAGCUUCACCACACUCCACUGGGAGUCCCAGAGCAGCCCCUUCCAGGCCCACCUACCCUCAUCCAGCAACCUUUUCUUCGCACUCCAUUGUUCUCCCAGUGUCUGCCUUGUGUUGAGCAAUUCCAUGGGAAUAGGCUACAUCCUUUGUUUUCCCCUGUGCUGGCAACACCGUGAGGUGAGGUGCUCUGAGUUAGAGUUGACAAACCAACUGGAGAUUUGGGAGGAAUUCAGUAAGUACCACUAAGCUGGUCACAUGGGGAUCCUGGAGAGUGUAACUGUGUCAGAGACCUUGAGAUGCUAUGAUCCUGUUGAGGAAGUGGACGUCCACCUGUGGAAGAGUCAGAGCAGAGCUUCCUCAUCCCUGUCAUGUCUUAGCAUGUGUGCAAGUGGUCCUGUCUGUGGUACAUGGAGGUAAAGGAGAAGCUUUGAAGCCCCUGCCUGGGGCAGGGAGCUGGCCUGAGAGCCCUGGCCUCGCCAGGCGUGUUCAGGCUGCCCUGAGAGUUGAGAAGAUCCGUGUCUUGCUGCACCUCAGGGGGCCAAGGUCCAGUAUGGGGAGCUCUGGAUUAAGAUUCUACCAGUUGGUGAAUAAUGAAACACGUUUUGUGUAACUGCACAUUGUAAUGUGUAGCACAGAGGGUAUGUAUGUAUGUGGAUGUGACUGAGGAAGCAGCAGCUAAGCAAGGGUGAGAGUGAACCAUGGACAAGGUUGUGCAGCCUGUUUCCCCCAGAGCAGGAGCAGCUCGUGGAGGAAACUUCUGGAAUGCUGAACCCACUCUCUGUUGGCUUUGAAGCUUGUCUCCUGGGGCUGUUUCUGGCUUGAGGAGGAGCACAUUUUUUCUGCAGUGCCUGGAGGGAGGGGCACUAGCCCCUCUGCAUCCCUGACUGGGCCCUGUUGGCCCUUGUGCAGUUAACUUCGAGCCUAGAUCAGGAGCUGGGUCCUUUCUUAUGUUUGGGUCCAGUAGGCUGGUGGCGGGGCCGAUGCUGUGGGGAGAGGGGCCGGAUAACACAGGAAGGAGCCCGAGCCCUGGCAUUAGGUUUGGGUUUGGGUUUUGAUCCGAGCUCUGCCAAUUGGAAGAGGGAGUAACUGAAGAUUCCUACUUGAUCCAGUUGCUGCGAGAGUGCCAGCAGGUGACACCAGGAAGGCCCUCAUGGUGGUGCCUGGCGCGCAGUAAGGGCCAAUGAAGUGCGUCUUGGUGGCCACGGAGGGCGCGGAAGUCCUUUUCUACUGGAUGGACAAGGAGUUUGAAGAGAGUCUGCGGCUGAAGUUUGGGCAGUCCGAGUGUGAGGGAGCAGGGCUUCCCACCCUGGAGGACCAGCUCAGCACCCUCCUGGCCCCCGUCAUCAUCUCUUCCAUGACGAUGCUGGAGAAGCUCUCAGACACAUACACCUGCUUCUCAACGGAAAAUGGCAACUACCUGUAUGUCCUCCACCUGUUUGGAGAAUGCCUGUUUAUCGCCAUCAACGGAGACCACACAGAGGGCGAGGGGGACCUGCGGCAGAAGCUAUGUGUGCUCAAGUACCUGUUUGAGGUGCACUUCGGGCUGGUUACCGUGGAUGGCCAGCUCAUUCGAAAAGAGCUGCGGCCCCCGGACCUGGAGCAGCGGGUGCAGGUUUGGGAGCACUUCCAGAGCCUGCUGUGGACCUACGGCCGCCUGCGGGAGCAGGAGCAGUGUUUCGCUGUGGAGGCUGUGGAACGGCUGAUCCACCCUCAGCUCUGCAAGCUGUGCAUAGAGGCUCUGGAGCGGCAUGUCAUCCAAGCCAUCAACGCUAGCCCCAAGCGGGCCGGCGAGGAGGCCCUGCAUGCCUUCCUGCUCGUGCACUCCAAGCUGCUGGCCUUCUACUCCAGCCACAGCGCUAGCUCCCUGCGCCCAGCCGACCUCCUCGCCCUCAUCCUUCUGGUUCAGGACCUAUACCCCAGCGAGAGCACAGCUGAGGACAACGACACCCAGCCCUCCCCACGCAGGCCCCAGAGCAGCCAGAGCAUCCCCGUGCAGCAGGCCUGGAGCUCUUGUUCUGCAGACCCGACCGGGAGGAGCUCUGCAGGGACCGAGACAGACAGCUUCUCCCCCGCUGAGGAGUACUUCACACCAGCUCCUUCCCCCGGGGAGCAGAGUUCAGGUAGCACCGUCUGGCUGGAGGAGGGCACCCCACCCACUGAUGCUUCCCAGGUCCAGGUGGCUGAGGACACCCUCCAGACGCUGGUCCCUCGCUCCCCAGGACCUUCCAGCCCCAGAAGGAUUUUCCUAGACACCAGUGUGAAGGAGAACUACUGCCCCAUGGUACCCCACACCAUGUACUGCCUGCCUCUUUGGCCGGGCAUCAACAUGGUGGUCCUGACAAAGGGUCCCAACACGCCCCUGGCCCUGGUCCUGUACCAGCUGCUGGAUGGAUUUUCCCUCCUGGAGAAGAAGCUGAAGGAGGGGCAGGAGGUGGGGAGCACCCUGCGGUCCCAUCCCCUCAUGGGGGACCUGCGCCAGAGGAUGGACAAGUUCAUCAAGAGUCGAGGUGGACAAGAGCUUCAGAGCACCUGGCUGGAGUUCAAGACCAAGGCCUUCUCCAGAAGUGAGCCCGGAUCGUCCUGGGAGCUGCUCCAGGCUUGCAGGAGGGUGAAGCGGCAGCUCUGCACCAUCUACCGCCUGAGCUUCCUGGCCGCGGCUCCUGGCCGGGGAGGCCCCCACCUGCCCCAGCACCUGCAGGACCGGGUCCAGACCCUCAUGCAAGAAAAGCUGACCGACUGGAAGGACUUCUUGCUGGUGAAGAGCAGGAGGAACGUCACCAUGGUGUCCUACCUGGAAGACUUCCCAGGCCUGGUGCAUUUCAUCUACGUGGACCGCACAACUGGCCAGAUGGUGGCCCCUUCCCUCAGCAGCAGUGAGAGGACCUCAUCGGAGCUGGGCAGGGGGCCCCUGGCCACCUUCGUCAGAACCAAGGUCUGGGCUCUGAUCCGGCUGGCGCGCAGAUACCUGCAGAAGGGCUACACCACGCUGCUGUUCCGGGAGGGCGACUUCUACUGCUCCUACUUCCUGUGGUUCGAGAAUGAGAUGGGCUACAAACUCCAGAUAAUUGAUGUGCCUGUCCUGUCUGACGACGCGGCUCCCGUGGGCAUGCUGGGAGGAGACUACUACAGGAAGCUCCUGCGUUACUACAGCAAAGGCCACCCGGCCGAGGCUGUCAGGUGUCACGAGCUGCUGGCCCUCCACCUGUCCGUCAUCCCCGUGGACAUGCUGGUGCAGCAGGCCGGCGAGCUGGCCCGACGCCUGGGGGAGGCUUCCCAUGUCCCCCUGCUCUAGGCCAGGGCGGAGCGUCCCCCGUGCGGUCUGCCUGCACACCCCGGUGCUCCAGGCCCACCCUGCUGGCAGACAUCCCCAUGGCAGGAGCCUCCUCUUGUCCACAGCAGCCUUCUGAGGAUGGACCAGCCCCCAUGACAGCCCCAGGGUUUCUUAAAGAAACUCCACUUAGACCAGCCUCCAUUCUGGGUAACAAGCAAACCCCCAAAUCCUUCGCUCUGGAGGAGGAGGGAGGCCAGAGGGUUCCUUUGGUCUCCUUAGAACAGCAGAGGAGGUCCCUGUGCCUGCAUGUGUCCACUGUUCUUGGAGUGCAGAAGCUCCGUCCAGAAGCCGGUUCCCUCCCCAAAUGGAAGGUGCUCCCCUGGCUGGGUUGAUCCAGCUGCCACUUCCUCUCUGCAGCUCUGGGCAGGUUUCCUCACCUCUAAACCUGUCUCCCCACAUUCAGAGUGACAGCACCCCCCUCUCAGGGUGGUCAUGGGGCUGCCAGACAUGGGGCAGGUGCUCAAUAAAUGCUGGUUACUGUUACUGUUA